AUGCGCAGCAGUAGUAUCGACGCAGAAGGCGAGGAGGAUGAUCUCGACAUGCCCGAAACCCAGUCGCCUAGCCUGAUGAAUGAUGUUGAAGACCAAGACGACGAAGAUGAGGAAGACGAAGACGCCGAUGCGGACCAGGACGACGACGAGAGCGAAAUUGUCGGUGCUGUAAAAAGAGCCCCUACAAGGAGGAGCAGGACAUCAAGAGCUAGGAAAAGUCGCGAUAUGGAGACGAGCGAGGACGACGAUUCUGCAUCCGAUGGCGACAACGAUUCCGACUCGUCUGACGAAUCUGCUGCCACUCAGGCUCCAUGGGAAAAGGAGAGCGACACUGCCCAGGAACAAGACCAAGACGUUGUGACAGACUCGACCUGCGUGUAUUGCGGACAAGACGAAGAAAAUGAUCCGAGCGACGAAUAUGAAGAAUAUCUCGAAUGCGGUCAUUGCGGGGAUCAUGCUCACAAGCAGUGUGCCAGAAACGCUAAUUCGCUUAGCUCCGAUCAAGACAAGGAUCCUCAGACCUGGCUAUGUCACGACUGUGUAGAGAAUGGCUUCCAUCUCCAACAAGACGUCGACAGGAUGACCAUCAACGAUGGCUCUCAGCGUCGGUCAUCUGUUCCCAAGUUAGCCCGUGAUCUCUUGCCUGCUGCUCGUGGUGGAAUCAAACCAAACUCACACUCGGUCUUCAACAAUCUCAUACUCGACGAUGAUCCGAUGGAUGGUUCUCGCUCACUUAGGAAACGCAAGAAUUCUUCCAUCGAGGCCGACGAGCCAACGCCAAGAGCAGCAUCACGGAAAAGGAGGCGAUCGACCGCAUCGGACAGUCAAAUUAACAUCAAUGUGACGCCGAGGGAUGCUGUGAAGGAACAGACGGCGGCAACGCGAAGCAGUGGCUCGGCGGAAAGUGAAAAGUCUUCCAACACGCGCUCAACUCGACUUCGUAAACAGCCUCAGUCAAGCACAAACGCAAGGAUCAUUUUCGAAGAAACAAUCGACGACAAUUCGAAAAGUCUAGUUGUUGCCAUUCCCAUCAGUGCCGCCGCCCUCGAAAACAUUGAGCGCAACGCACAAAGAAAGGCUCGAAGGCGUGAGCGGGACAGAGCACGUCGAGCACUAAUGGGUGGUCGCAAGAAGAAGACUGGCGCCCACGGCGAUGUGCACGAAGUAGUCGAGACAGUCUCAUCGCACUACCCUGCGGUCGCCACAACUCUAUACGACAAUCCCUACUACCCCUUUCCUGACCGUGAACUCGACACAGUGCAGGGCAAACCCUUUGGUGGUAUUCUCACUGACGCCGAGGCCGACACAACCAAGACGUUUCCUCAGCAACCUGACCGUGAUCUCUUCGAAGAGUCACGCCGCCAGGCCGAAGAAGCAAGGAAAGCCGAACAAGAAGCCAAUCCCAUCGAACUGCCAUCCCGAGCAAAACCGUCCGGCGGACUACCUACUAAAAUUAAGUACAUCCACUUUGGCGGCUGGGAAAUCGAAACACUGCAUGCCGCGCCCUACCCGGAAGAGUACAAUCGCAAUCCGGUCCUAUGCAUCUGCGAGUUCUGUCUCAAAUACAUGAGCUCGUCCUAUGUGGCUUUCCGACACAAGCUCAAAUGUCCACACAAACACCCUCCUGGCGAUGAGAUAUACCGCGACGAUAUCAUUGACGCUGACGGUAACAAGAAAAGCAUCUCCUUCUUCGAGGUUGAUGGUCGCCGCAGUCCUCUUUACUGUCAAAACCUAUGUCUUUUGGCCAAGCUGUUCCUUGGUUCGAAGACCCUCUACUAUGAUGUUGAACCUUUCCUUUUCUAUGUCAUGACAGAGAAUGACGAGUAUGGUUGCCACUUUGUCGGCUACUUUUCCAAGGAGAAGAGGGACUGGUCGCCACCCCUUGACCCUCGUGCUUCCAUCGAGAUUGGCGCUGAUCCACUCACAAAUGGUGUGCAAGCCAAGGCAGGCGCCAAUGCUAAUGAUCCGCCAGGCAACAAUGUCUCUUGCAUUCUGGGUAGAACAGGCUCUCCCGAAAAGCCACUCUCCGACUUGGGUCUUGUCUCUUAUCGCUCAUACUGGCGUGGUGUCAUGUGCAGGUUGCUGCUCGGCUACAAGGAAGCGCCCAGAGGCUCAUACGACAUAUCCUUCUCAAGCAUGGCUCGUGCUACAGGCAUGACUGUUGACGAUGUGAUCUCAUCACUCGAGGCGCUUCGUGCUAUCGUCAAAGAUCCCUCUACGAACAAGUAUGCCCUUCGCUGUGACUGGGCAUACAUGGCAGAAUACUUGGACAAGCACGACAAGAAACGUCACAUCAAGAUUGAUCCUGCGAAACUCAUCUGGACGCCUUAUGUAAUGGGUAAGCCUACGAGCUAUUUCCCUGUUGGCGAGGAAGCCACUGGCCCUAUUCAAACCAAGGCUCGUCGCGAUGAGCCUGAAGAUUUGCAGGCCGUACAACCUGAAGAGGGCGUACAGCAAGCUCAAGUCAAUGGCAAUUCAACCCCUGAUCCAGAAGCUGUCAAUGGCGACAAUAUCUCUCCCAAGGCUACCCGCAAGGUUCCUCCCUCUACUUUAACGCCUCAACCUUCUAUCACCAAAGGGUCGCCUCGGCGCUCACCUCGCAACUCUCAGUCACAACCUCAAGCCGAGCAGAGUCAGCAGAUUAACGGUACAAGUCAAGAAGACCCAGCCUCGCAGAACGACACUUCAGACACUUCGUCAGUCAGACGUGGAUCCGCAUACACAGAGGACAGCAUCCCUGCCUCGCGGUUCGAGAUCUUCCCACCUAUCCCUGGCCAGGUCACAAAACGCAAGCCCGGUAGACCCAUGGGCAGCCGCACUCGCUCCAAACUCACACCUUCCGCCAACAGACGCGCUGGAAUCGCGCCCUCGCCCUCCGAAGACGAGAUCCAGCGACAGAUAUCCUCUGAACACGAGCGUGCAGCGUUGGAAGAAGUAGUCGACAAGAACAAUGGCGCAGCAUUUACGCGACCAAAGUUUAUGGGAAAACUCAAUGUGCCUGAACAUGCUGUUGAGGACGACGACGAGGACGAAGAUGCCGAAGGCGAGGAUGUGGAGAUGGGAGAGGUCGGGGUUGGGACUGGAUAUGAUGGCGUGGGAAGCGUGAACGCGUUGCCACAAGGAAGUAGCUACGGUGCAGGCGAGAAUGGUGACGAAGAGGAUGAUGAAGACGCAGACGCCGAUGGGGAUAGCGAUGAUGAGAUGCCGGACGCUUAG